AUGGCAGAAGCUGUGCUUUUUGACUUUGUUGGAAACAUAGUGGCGARCUUGGCCUCCCAAGCUAUUCAAGAGAUUGGUCUGGCAUCAAAUGUCGGAAAUGAUGUUGAAAAGCUCAAAAACAAGCUAUCAGCGAUCAAAGUUGUGCUUCUGGAUGCAGAGGAACAGCAAGCCAACAACGAUGCCGUGAAAGAUUGGCUGAGAAGGCUCAAGGACGCUGUUUAUGAUGCAGAUGACGUGGUAGAUGAAUUUGAAACUGAAGCUUUGCGAAGGCAAGUGGAGAUCCAUGGCAGCAGAAGUAAGGAGGUAAAAAACUUCUUUUCUCGUUCAAAUCCUCUUGCAUUCCGCCAUAAGAUGGGUCAUAGAAUAAAAGAGAUGAGAAAGAAUCUUGAAGUGAUUGCAUCAGAUAUGUCCAGAUUCCAUUUUAGAGAGAGGUUACAUGAUACCAGGCCAAUUGCAAACAUAGAGAGGAAGGAAACCCACUCCUUCAUACGUAAAUCGACUGUUAUCGGGCGAGAAGAAGAUAAAAAGAAGAUUGUAGAGAUUUUAUUAAAGGGACCCCCCGACUCCAACUUGGGUGGUGAUGAUGGUGUUCAUCAUCAUCAUCAUUAUCCAGCUGAUCAGAAUGUGGCCAUCAUUCCCAUAGUUGGAAUUGGGGGAUUGGGGAAGACCACACUUGCCCAAUUGGYCUACAACGACCAGAGUGUGGCAGAUCACUUUCACCUAAGAAUGUGGGUGUGCGUGUCYGAUGAAUUUGAUGUGAAAUUGCUAACACAAAAAAUUAUAAGAUGUGCCAACYCUUCAGAUAUAGAUUGUUCCAACAAAGAAAUGGAACAAUUACAGGCUAGCCUUCGAAAAGCUGUGGACGGGAGGAGAUAUCUACUGGGGUUCAUUGGAUCUUACCAAGGGAGUAGUAGUAGUAGUGAGAGGAGCUUGGAGGAAAUAGGUGAGGAGUAUUUCAACGAUCUAYUGUGGAGAUGCAUGUUUCAGGAAGCAAAAGAAGAUGAAGAGGGAAACAUAGUAAGUUGCAAAAUGCACGACCUCGUGCAUGACCUUGCUCAAUCAGUCGCCGAAGGGGUCGAGUGUUUUCGGAUAGAGAAGGGAGCUCCACCACCUACGAUAACUAUUCCUAAAGGAGUUCGACACGUGGCGCUUCUUGGCCAUGGAAGAUAUAAUAGUACUAACGGCAUUGAAUUCUGGUCACAAUUGAAACUUGCUAAUAAGGUGCGGACUCUUCUACGCUUGCCCCAUUAUUUUUGUUAUGGUGGCAGGGCAUUGCCAAUUGAAAGAAUAGUGAAUUGUUGUGCUUGCUUACGUGUGUUAGACUUACACGAUACAAGUAAUAAAAGCUUGCAAAUAAGUAGCAUAGGUGAAUUGAAGCACUUAAGGUACCUUGACCUCUCUUAUAAUCCGCAUAUUGAGACACUCCCUACAUCAAUCACUAAGCUCCAAAAUUUGCAGACCAUGAAACUUAUAAAUUGUUUUGGUCUUGAAAAUUUGCCCAAAGAUAUUGGAAAUAUGAAGAGCCUAAGACAUGUUGACCUCUCUGGGAACGAGGGAAUCAAAGCACUCCCUGCUUCUAUUACAAAACUAGAGAAUUUGCACACUCUAGGUCUUGCUUACUGUUCACUUGAAAAUUUGCCAGUUGACAUUAGGAGAAUCAAGGGAUUGGGGUUAUGUGGUGAGCAUAUUAAGCAGUUGCAUGGGCUGAACCAGCAGCUAAGCGGCCAUUUAAUUAUCAGGGGAGUUGAACAAGUGAGAGAUGGCAAGGAAGCAAACUUGAAGGAGAAGCCACACCUUCGAUCCUUGACUUUAUUAUAUCUAGGAAAAGGGGAUAAUGAUGAUGAUGCGUUGGAAGGACUGCAGCCACAUCCAAAUCUAAAGGAGUUGACGCUAAAAGGGUAUGGAGGGAUGAAAUUUGCUUCUUGGAUGAUUAAAUCCUCGUUGCUCCCAAAUCUAGUGAGAAUUGAGUUAAAGAAUUGUACAAGAUGCGAAUCUCUAGACUUCUCAGGUCCGCUCCCUUCCCUUGAGGUCCUUAAGCUAGAAUUGUUGUCUGCCCUCAAGAGUAUUACAAGUAAAUUGAGGAAAGGAGAUGGAUUCUUCCCAUCCUUAAAGGAACUCUACCUUCAGUACAUGCCUAAACUGGAGAGUUGGUCAAUAAUAAUGGAAAUAUUAGAUACUGAUCAGCAAGUAGUGGUAGUAGAAGAAGAAGAGUCACAUAACUCAUUAUCAGUAGUACUGUUCCCUCACCUUCCCAAUCGCUGGAUCAUAGAGGAUUGUCCUAAAUUGGAAAGUAUUCCUUGGGGUUUGCCGGCACGUGAAAGAGUGGAGUUAUCUUGGAUUGAUGCCAAGCCAUUGGAGUUAAUUCUGAAAAAGAAGAAGAAGAAGAAGAAGGAUAAAACCCCCAUCCCAUUAAUGUUGACAUCAUCAUCAUCAUCAACUACAAACUCAUCAUCCUCUUCUUCUUCUUCUUCUUUUCAACACUUCCUUCCCACUACUCAUGUAACCACCACAUCAUUGACAAUUGACGGCUGCCAAGACUUAGAGUCUUUUCCUUCGGAGGCGAUGGAAGGCUUGACUUCUAUCCGAUUUUUACAAAUUUCAUAUUGUAAUCAAUUGACAUCAUUGCAUCCUCAAGCAGUGAAGCAAUACCUCGCCGAUCUUGAAGAGUUGAAAAUUGAGUAUUGUCCAAACUUUCAUUCGUUGAAGGGCAUCGGAGGUCUUUCUGCCCUAAAAGUUUUGACGAUUAGGGAUCUGCGCCAAUUGGUGGAGCUGCCCGAGGAGCUUGGAGACGUCGAAUUGCUUGAAGAACUUUAUAUUGAUGACUGUCCCAAAUUGACAUCUCUACCUAAAGAAAUGAAGCAUCCAAAAACAGUACUACGGGAGCUACUAAUCGAGCAUUGUGCAAACUUUCAUUCGUUGGAGGGCAUAGGAGGUCUUACAGCCCUACAAGUUCUGAAGAUCGACGAUAUGCCCAAAUUGGUUGCAUUUCCAGAGGAGCUUGGAGACCUAAAAUCCCUUCGGGAACUUCAUAUUGAAGAUUGUCGUAAUCUAUCAUCACUACCUCAAGGUAUGCGGCGUCUGACAGAGCUACAGAUUCUACGGAUUCAAAAAUGUCCCGAGUUAAAGGAAAGAUACGCAACCGGUAAGGGUAAAGAUUGGCCUAAGAUAUCUCAUGUCCCAGAUGUGGAAAUACAAUGA